CACCGGAAGUAGUUGUUUCUCACUCACAUGUGGACUGCCUUCAUGCACUCGUGUUGUGAUUACACUUGUUACAGAACAGAUUGUAACAUUUCUACUGUAUUAACCGUAUGCUGUUUUAAGAAGACAUGUUAAUCAGACAUUUGUUAAGUAACUUUCUGUAGUGGCUUUGGUAAGACACAUGGUGCAAUGGAAAAUUUAGAGCUCAGCCUGACAUCACUGGGAACUAUCUCCAAACAUGUUGAUCCAAGACAUAACCAACUUACUCAGUAUUUGUCAAAGCAGAUAUGGAGUCAGCAGGACCGACAGUGUAUUCUGGACUGUUUGGCUCAGCUCUUCUUGGAAAAGGACUACACUUUGUUGAUAACACAGCACUUGAGGCCUCUUAUUUUGGAUUUUCUGGAAAGAAAUGUGCAGAGAGUCAGAACUGGUGACAGAUUUAACCAUGACCUCCAUGAACGCCUGUGUGUGGCUCUCAGUAAAGUCCUCAACAUCUGUCCUGAUGCUCCAGCCUUUGCUGCUAGGUACUUCAGCAGCGCCCCUCCAGUAUUCCAGAGACUGUUUUUCUCCAGUGAAGAGGCAGCGUCUGUGCAAUAUGGACCCCGGCGGAUGAAGCUCCGGGACCUAAUGGGGGCUACGCUUCGUUUUCUUCAAAGUGACUGUGCAAAAUACAGAUCCUUGUGGGACUGGAGUCCUUGUGUUUCCCAACUGCUCACCAGUGACCUCAUGGUGCGAGGGUACACGGCACAGUGCUUGGCAAUGGUCUCUCUUAUGACUGAUAAUCAGAAGGCCAUUUUCCUCAGAAAAGUAUUGUCCAGUGAAGAGAUUCUGCACAUGAAAAUUAAGAGCUUUGAGGAAAGUCAGCAGCUGCAGGUGGAGAAGUCUCUAGUCUUAGCCAAUCAAGGUUGUGCAAAAUGGCACCAGGAAAAGGCAAAUCGCUUCACCAGAGGUCAAGUGGUCUCCGAAGAUCUCUGCUCUGAUGUGGUGGCUGUGUGUGGAGUGGUUCUACCCACCAUCUCUCCCCGACUGAACCAACAAGUACCCACAAACCAAAAAGACCUAGUGCUGGUGGACUCGACCUGUCAGAAUCUGAGAAGGCUUGCAUUAGCUGUAGCAUCCCAGAAACCAGUGCUAUUGGAGGGGCCCAUCGGGUGUGGGAAAACCUCGCUGGUGGAGUACCUGGCCACUGUCACUGGACACAACAGUGCCACAGAGAUCAUGAAGGUCCAGCUGGGAGAUCAGACUGACAGCAAAAUGUUGCUAGGCUUGUACCGCUGCACUGAUGUUCCGGGAAAGUUUGUAUGGCAGCCAGGAACUUUAACUCAAGCUGUCUCCAAAGGCCAGUGGAUCCUUCUGGAGGACAUUGACCAUGCUCCUCUGGAUGUGAUCUCGGUUUUGCUUCCUCUGAUGGAGAAUAAAAAGUUGGUCAUCCCAGGACGUGAGGAUUGUAUUGAGGUUGCAACAGGAUUUCAAUUUUUUGCAACUAGAAGGAUGUAUUACAGUAGUGGGAGCUGGCACAAACCACACAAUUCUCAUGCUACACUGUUGGAUAAAUACUGGACAAAGCUCCAAAUGAGAAACAUGACGCGGGAGGAGCUCAAAAAGGUGCUGAUUACUAGAUACCCACAACUGUCUGUGGUCUCAGACCGGCUCUUGGAUAUCUACUGUCAGCUGACUGGGGAUAAACACUAUGAACAGGACUCCCUCCAGCCCCAGUCUUCCCCUGCGCCAGAGGAGGAGCGAACAGGCCUUUUAGAGGGACGAGCUCUGUCGCUCAGAGACCUAUUAAAAUGGUGUGAACGAAUCAGUGUCAACUUCAACAGUGCAUCUGCAGCUACAGCUCAAAAUGUCUUCCAAGAGGCUCUUGACUGUUUCACAUCUAUGUUGUCUCAACCUGAGAGCCGCCUGCAGAUGGCUGAGAUUAUUGGCAGCAAGUUAAACAUUUCCAAAGAAAAGGCCCAGCACUUCUGUGAGAUGUAUCAGCCCGCCUUGUCUCUGAGUGAGCUGGAGGCCACAGUUGGCAGAGUGGCUCUGGGUCGAAAGCAGACAGAAGUUGUUCAGCUGAAUGUGAAUCAACAGACUUUUGCCGCCACUCGCCCCUCGGCUGUGCUCCUGGAGCAGUUGGCAGUGUGUGUGGCCAAAGCAGAACCUGUUUUGUUGGUGGGGGAGACAGGCACUGGGAAAACAUCCACUGUUCAGCACCUGGCCCAACUCACAGGCCACAGGCUGCGAGUAGUGAACAUGAACCAACAGAGUGACACUGCAGAUCUACUCGGGGGGUAUAAGCCUGUUGAUCAUAAGCAGAUCCUGCUACCUCUGCGUGAGGUGUUUGAGGAGCUCUUCUCUCAAACCUACUCCAGAAAGCAGAACCUGACAUUUCUGGGCCAUGUACAAACGUGCUACAGGGAGAAGAGAUGGCACGACCUCCUCAGACUCAUGGAGCAUGUUUGCAAGUCUGCUCUCACCAAAGAACUGAAGGACAAGACCAAUGGUGAGAAUUUAAAACAAGAUGAGUUGAAGUGCUCUGUAAUGACUGUCUGUUUAGUUUCAGAUAUACGUGAGCAGUGGGAAUCCAUGUCUACCAAGCUCCAGCACACUCAGGAGCAAAUUCAGGCCUGUGAGACAGCCAUGGUCUUUGCAUUUGUUGAGGGAACUUUGGCCCAGGCUGUGAGGAAGGGUCACUGGAUUCUUCUGGAUGAGAUUAAUCUGGCAGCCGCCGAGACUCUGGAGUGUUUGAGCGGAUUGUUGGAGAGCAGCACUGGGUCACUGGUGCUGCUGGACCGAGGAGAUGCAGAGCCCUUGGUUCGCCAUCCAGACUUCCGCUUGUUUGCCUGCAUGAACCCAGCCACUGAUGUCGGCAAAAGAAAUCUGCCUCUUGGUCUCAGAAACAGAUUCACUGAGCUGUACGUGAAUGAGCUGGAAAAUGAGGCUGACCUCCGCAUUUUAGUGUCUGACUACCUCAGAUGCCUCAACCCAAACAGAAAUAUCAUCAAUGGCAUUAUAAGUUUUUACCUGGCUGUGCGGAAGGAGGCCAGAUCUCGUCUGGUGGACGGGACAGGCCACAGACCUCACUACAGCCUGCGAACUCUUUGCAGAGCUCUCAGAUAUGUGCGUGCUAACCCAUGCUACAGUCUCUAUCGCUCCCUGUUUGAGGGCUUCUGCCUGAGCUUCUUGACCCAGCUGGACCGAAGUUCUCAUCCUGUGGUGCAGAAACUGGUCUGUCAGCACAUUCUGUUGGGUAACACGAAGUGUCUGAAACAGCCUAUCCCCUGCCCCUCGGACCGCAGCUGUGUGGGAGUGGAGGGGUACUGGGUGUCUCAGGGGGACUUGGAGCCCACACAAGACCCCAGCUACAUCCUUACUGCCUCUGUCAAACUCAACUUGCGGGACCUGGCCCGAGUAGUGUCUGCAGGGAGCCACCCAGUGCUGAUCCAGGGAGAGACCUCUGUGGGGAAGACAAGUCUGAUUCGCUGGCUCGCUACAGCUACAGGAAACCAGUGUGUGAGGAUCAAUAACCACGAGCACACUGACAUCCAGGAGUACAUUGGCUGUUACUCUUCCGACCACAGGGGCAAGCUAGUCUUCAAAGAGGGUGUGCUAAUUGAUGCCAUGAGGAAGGGUUACUGGAUCAUUUUAGACGAGCUGAACUUGGCCCCCACAGAUGUGCUGGAAGCUCUGAACAGACUCCUGGAUGACAACAGGGAACUGUUUGUGGCAGAGACACAAGAAGUUGUCAAGGCCCACCCCAGAUUUAUGCUGUUUGCCACUCAGAACCCUCCUGGAGUUUAUGGGGGGAGGAAGGUGCUGUCCAGAGCUUUCAGAAACCGCUUUGUGGAGCUACACUUUGAUGAACUACCCAGUGCAGAGCUGGAGACAAUCCUGCACCAGCGCUGCAGUCUACCUCCAUCCUACUGCAGUAAGCUGGUCAAAGUCAUGCUUGACCUGCAGUCUUUCCGCAGGGGGUCCUCUGUGUUUGCAGGGAAACACGGCUUUAUCACACUGAGAGACCUGUUCCGCUGGGCUGACCGCUACAGACUGGAGGAGCAGAGCCAACCAUCUCAAGACUGGCUCCAGCAGCUGGCUGAUAAUGGGUACAUGCUACUGGCAGGACGUGUACGGAAGCCUGAAGAGGACACUACUAUUCGGUCCAUCCUGGAGAAGCACUUUAAGCGCCGCAUUCAGCCAGAGAGUCUGUUUUCUCACAAACAGCUCACCAGCCAGUUCAGUGAGUUGGUGGAUUGUAUAGAAGAAAUUCCUGAUGAGUUUCGCCAUGUUGUUUGGACACAAAGCAUGAGGAGACUGGCAGUGUUAGUGGGGAGAGCGCUUCACUUUGGAGAGUCUGUACUAUUGGUUGGAGACACUGGGUGUGGAAAGACUACCAUCUGCCAGCUCUUUGCAGCUUUGUCCGGUUUGAAAUUCUUCUCUGUAAACUGUCAUCUGCACAUGGAAACUUCAGAUUUCUUGGGAGGACUGCGGCCUGUUCGACACUCAAACCAGACUGAGGAUGAGGAUGUCCGAUUGUUUGAGUGGCAUGAUGGGCCCCUUGUCCAGGCACUGAAAGAGGGUGGUGUCUUUCUAAUGGAUGAGAUUUCUCUGGCUGACGACUCUGUUUUGGAGAGACUCAACAGUGUCCUGGAGACUGAGAAGACACUGGUGCUGGCAGAGAAAGGCACUGGGGACAAUGACAAUGUGGAGUUACUACAUGCUGCACCAAGUUUCCGUUUGGUGGCCACCAUGAAUCCAGGGGGAGACUUUGGGAAAAAAGAGUUGUCUCCUGCUCUAAGGAACCGUUUUACUGAGAUCUGGUGUCCACAAAACAACAGCCGCAGUGACCUCCUUCAAAUCAUCCGUCACAACCUUCUCCCAGGCAUAUCGCUGGAGGGCCGGGACAUUGCAGAGUUGAUGCUGGACUUUAUUGAGUGGCUGACCCAACAGGACUUUGGUCGCCGGUGUAUCCUGAGUGUCAGAGACAUUCUGUCCUGGGUCACUUUUCUAAAUGUGGUGUGUGGAGAAAAGAACAGUGGGACCAUAGACACAGCUGAGGAGGGGUGGGAGCUAAAACUGGACACAGUCACAGCCUUCAUCCAUGCUGCCUGUCUGGUCUACAUUGACGGCCUUGGCUCAGGGACCACUGUGUCCAGUGUCGACAAUGCUCUUCUGUCCCGCAGACUGUGCCUGGGCUUCCUUCAACAACAUCUAGGUCACUUGAUCAAACAUGACCAGGAAGUGAUGGAGGCUUUGAGGGUGUACGACACUAGUCUCCCUCGUGAGCCACAAUGGGGAGAACACUUUUUUGGCAUUCACCCAUUUUACAUUGAUUUAGGUCCUAAGAGCGAUUGCUGCAGCCUGACAGACUUCACUAUUGGAGCUGGUACCACAGCAGUCAAUGCUCAGAGACUUCUGCGUGCACUCAAACUCCAAAGGCCGGUGCUGCUGGAGGGCUCUCCUGGGGUGGGCAAAACAAGCCUGGUGGCAGCACUAGCUAAAGCAUCUGGAAAUCACCUGGUUCGAAUCAAUUUGUCAGAGCAAACGGAUGUAACGGAUUUGUUUGGGACUGAUCUGCCAGUGGAGGGAGGUAAAGGGGGAGAGUUCGCUUGGCGGGAUGGCCCCCUUUUGUCAGCUCUGAAGAAGGGUCACUGGAUUGUUCUGGAUGAGCUGAACUUGGCUUCUCAGUCGGUGCUUGAAGGUCUUAAUGCCUGCUUCGACCACAGAGCUGAGAUCUACAUCCCUGAACUGGCCAUGAGUUUCCGGGUUCAGCACCACCAAACCAAGAUCUUUGGCUGCCAGAACCCGUUCACUCAGGGUGGUGGACGCAAAGGACUUCCCAAGUCUUUUCUAAAUCGAUUCACCCAGGUGUUUGUGGACCAACUGACCAGCAAAGAUAUGGAGUUUAUUUCCAAUUCUAUUUUCCCAAACAUAAAUAAGGAAAUGAUUGUGAAGAUGGUAGAAUUUAGUAACAGGCUGGUGCAGGAGGUUUGUGUGGAGAGGCAAUGGGGACACAAAGGCAGUCCCUGGGAGUUCAACCUGCGAGACAUGUUUCGUUGGUGCCAGCUCAUGGAAAAUGACCAGUCUCCUGGUUUCUUUAACCCGGGGCAGCAUGUGUCUCUAGUAUAUGCUGAUCGGAUGAGAACAGAGUCCGAUAAGGCUCAGGUGUUGUCAGUAUUUAGAAAGGUGUUUGGAGAGGACUCUGAGCCUUACACCAGCUCUAGACAUUUUCACAUGACUCCUAUGAACCUACAGGUGGGAUUCUCUGUCAUCCAGCGAGGUGGUGCUGCCCCAGUCACUCUGGCCCCCCCUCUGUCAAUCACCCAACAGGCACUGAGACCCCUCGAGUCCUUAAUGAAGUGUGUGGAGAUGGGCUGGAUGACAAUUCUGGUAGGCCCCACUGCUAGUGGAAAAACCAGCCUGGUGCGACUUCUGGCUCUGCUGAGUAGCCACAGACUGAGGGUCAUGCCAAUGAACAGCUCCAUGGACACCACAGAACUGCUGGGGGGCUUCGAACAGGUCACUGAAUAUUAUUAAAAGCUGUG